CAGAGAUUGACGCGAAUCCGCGCUCCUUCGUCUGAGCGUGCGCGCGCCCGAGUCCGUGCGUCACCAGCGUCGGCUCCCGCGGGCUGGGCAGCCGGCGGCCUGUGUUGCGGAGCGGGAACAGCGGCGGCGAGAAGAGGAUUGAACAGAAGUCAACGGUGUGGGGAGCUGGAGUGACCCGUCUGGAUGUGCCCUCCAGGACAGAAUGGUGCUGGACUCAGGUGCUCAGGUGUAUGAGCAGGCACCCCCCAGCCCACCAGCCAGCCCCUCCUCCUUGGCCCAUAGGCCGGGGCCCUCAGACCGAGAUGGGACAGCGUUGUUCCCCUGGCCUCAGUCCCUGGCCCUGCCCCUGGCUCUGUCCGUCCCCUCAGCCCUGCAGCCCCAGGCGGAGAGGCAGCCCUUCUCAGAGCUGCACUUGGGCCGCCGUGGACACAUGCGGCGCAGUGAGAGCACCUACACCGUGAACAGUACUGGCCGGCGGGGGGGCAGCACCCAGGGUCGGGCCCCGCCUGGACGGGGACGGGACCCAGGUGGGGGCACCCUGCGGCCCGCGGCCUCCCUGCCUCACAUCGCUAAAGCGCGGAAGGAGGUGGGCCGCGGCGUCAGCAAGAGCCCCUGCAUGUUGGUGGCUCUGCGGCCAACCAACAUGGACCGCGAGCGGGACAAGUUCUUCCAGUCCCAUUACACCUACAACCCACAGUUCGAGUACCAGGAACCCAUGCCCACGGCUGUGCUGGAGAAAUACUGUGAGGCCUCUGGACAGUUCAUUCAUCAGGCAGUUGGCAUCAUCGAGGCCGUCCUGGAGAAGUUUGGGACCUAUGAACACUUCGAGGCUGCGACGGGGGGCCAGCUGCUGACGAAGUGCCAGAUCUGGUCCAUUGUGCGCAGAUACAUGCAGAAGGAGGGCUGCGUCGGGGAGGUAGUGGUGCAGCUGAGUGAGGACCUGCUGUCCCAGGCAGUGAUGAUGGUGGAGAACAGCCGGCCAACGUUGGCCAUCAACCUGACUGGAGCCCGCCAGUAUUGGUUGGAGGGCAUGCUGCGGCACGAGAUAGGUACCCACUACCUUCGGGGCGUGAACAACGCGCGGCAGCCGUGGCACAGCGCCGAGGGCCGGCAGCAGUACGGGCUGCGGCCAGCGAACCCCACGGAGGAGGGUCUGGCCAGCCUGCACAGCGUGCUGUUCCGCAAGCAGCCGUUCCUGUGGCGCGCGGCGCUGCUCUACUAUACGAUACAUCGUGCCGCGCGCAUGUCCUUUCGCCAGCUCUUCCAGGACCUGGCGCGCUACGUGCAGGACGCCGACGUGCGCUGGGAGUACUGCGUGCGCGCCAAGCGCGGCCAGACUGACACCUCGCUGCCGGGCUGCUUCAGCAAGGACCAGGUAUACCUGGAUGGCAUCGUGCGCAUUCUGCGACAUCGCCAGACCAUCGACUUCCCGCUGCUGACCUCGCUGGGCAAGGUCUCCUAUGAGGAUGUGGAUCACCUCCGGCCCCACGGGGUGCUGGACAACACCCGGGUGCCCCACUUCAUGCAGGACUUAGCACGCUACCGGCAGCAGCUGGAACACAUCAUGACCACCAACCGGCUGGAUGAGGCAGAGCUGGGCCGCCUGCUGCCUGACUGAUACUGGUUGAGGGCUUCAGAUCAGCCCCCAGAAUAUGAAGCUGGCUGCUCUGUGCUUCCACGGCCUGGGUGUUUCUUGGGGCCUGGGGAGGGCAGAAGCAUUUCAGGAGGGAGGGACGGCAACAGCAGAGUUUGUACUAGCCUCCCUGGACCCCAAGGGCCAACAGCAGCAUGUCAGGCAAACUAAGUCUGCCUUCCUGUCUCCAGCUGUCUGUUGAGCCAAGGAAGAGCCUGACGGAGGGAGGGAAGCUGAGCAUGAAUGGGCAUGGGGGGGUGGUUUGGGAGUAGAAACUUGUUCUUGCAUGAGAUGGCUUUGGUUGUCUGCGUACUCCAGUCUUUUCGUCCCCCACCUGGCCCCUUGGUGCUCCUUCAGCUUUCAUGCUGUCUACCUCUCACUGGGUCCUGGUGGGGAUCUCCCUUCUCCUGGGGUGACUGCCUGAGCCUGCUGUCCUGGCUUUCACACAGACUCAAGGAGCAGGGAUCCUGGUAGUAGAGACCCAGCUGGGCUGGGGUGUGCUUUCCAGCAUUUUGCCUCUCCCAUUGUCAUUGUAUGUAUUCCCUAUUUAUGUGCUGUAUGUCCUGGGCUUCUGAAAGUUCGGUGGAGGGAACAGGGCUCCUCUGGAAGGCACUGACUGUUCCUAGCUCCACCCAUACACCCCACCCCCCACCCUCCCUCACACAUACACAGGCCUUGUGAGUCAAGCCGUGAGCUCACCUGGCCUUGCCCUCAACCCCUGCACUGGCCUCUGCUGUCCCUGUCUUUGCCCACACCCUCGCAGCUGGUCUCUGGCAGGGGUUGGCAUAGGCUGGCAGCAUCCACAAUCAAGCCUGAGGGGCAGGCCCCCGGUGAUUCCAAGUUCUGAGCCCCUCCUCAACCAGGAGAGGUGCCAAGAUGAUUGUUGCUUCUAGUUUCUCACACAGCUGAGUCUGAGGUUGACCCGGCCCCGCUCCCACCCUUGGCCUUACUUUUCCCAUUUGAAAACUUGGAAACGCAGCUGGAAAGUCCUUAUUCCUUUAGUCAUUAAAUAUGUAUAGAGCGCCUUCUGUGUACCAGUUAACUGGUCAGAAUCCUCACUGAGCUCCCAGUCCUGAGAGAAGCCAAUUAAA